AUGGCGGGAGCCGCCACGGCCACCUUCAAUGUCUCAUCAACUCCUUCUCUCCUCCGCCGUUCAUCAUUAAUUUCCCUUUCCUCUAACCCUCCAUUCUGUCUCUGCGCCCUCUUCCAAAUACCCAGUUAUAAUCCCUCUCUCAAUUGUUCCUUGUCUAGUAACGAUAUCAAAGUGGGUAACAUUGAAGUAGACGGAGCUCCUUGGCGUGUUUUGUUUCUUCAUGUGAAACCUGGAAAAGGAGCAGCAUUUGUGAGGACCAAGAUGCGCAAUUACGUUACGGGAAACACUGUUGAGAAAACUUUUCGAGCGGGAAGUUCGAUUGAAGUGGCAGAUGUAUUCAAGGAAACCAAGCAAUUCACAUACAAAGAUGGUGUCCAGUUUGUCUUUAUGGACCUGAACACGUUUGAAGAAACUCGUCUGAACGAGAAAGAUGUUGGGGAUACGACAAAGUGGCUGAAAGAAGGAAUGGAUUGCAAUUUGCUAUUUUGGAAUGGAAAAGUUAUUGAUUUUGAACUCCCAAUCACGGUUAAGCUGACUGUGGUUGAUGUUGAUCCUGGCCUUAAAGGUGAUACAGCUCAAGGUGGGUCCAAACCGGCAACUCUGGAUACUGGAGCUGUCGUCAAUGUUCCAUUGUUUGUGAAUAUAGGUGAUGAAAUAUUGGUGGACACAAGAACAGGGCAAUACAUGAGCCGUGCAUAAUUCUAAAGCUUUUGGAGAUUUCUUUCAUCACCAAUAUUUUUGUCCUUUGCUAUCAGUUAGAAGGAUUUUCUAUGUUCAUUGAUGCUAGAGAUGUACAUCAGGCUUAGAUAGCGAAAGAGUUACAAAGCUUAGUUUCCUGUUUUAAAUAUUUUAACUUGUUCCAUGUGUAUUUAUUGGUAACUCUCGUUGGAUAUAGUGCUUUUGCACCAGACCAGAGAAAUUGUAUUGUUCUCAGAAA